AUGCCGACACUGAGCGAAUCGGCGGGUUCCAGGAAGCCCAUUCGUCAAGCAGCUGAUGUGAUUGCUCCCCCCCAGCAGUCUGUCGAGGAGAUUCGCGCCCUCGAGGCCGAAGCUACCUUUAGUGUCCAGCAGGCCGCCGCCACGGCCCUGAUGCUCUACCUCUCUCCCUUUGCCAUUGACAUGGUGAGCCGCAUAUUCUAA